GGGGGGAGGGUGGGGAGGAAAGGCAGUGAAGGAGGAGACGAGAGCUCGAGGAGUGCCAGCUAUGGCGGGCCAGCACCAUGAGUUCCGCAGGGGUGGAGGAAAGACGGGAGUCAUUUGGUAGAUGGAGCGAUCAGAGGUGUUCGGACAGCUUGAGAAUUUGCUCUUUUGCCUUCUGGGAACCGCUCAUGUGAUUCAUUGCUUUCCCGGAGCCAAUUGGAUUAGGGCCGAGAGCUCGAUCCGGUGAAAGAUUUGAGACUGCGGAUAAGGAGAUCUUUACUCUGCGCUCCACGGCACAUAUUACUCCACUGAACUACAGUGUUCGUGGGGAAUUGGUCGGCGAAGAGGAGGAGAGCUAAUAGCGACAUUUCUAGGAUCAGUAUCCACACUAUACCACCGAUCGUGCAGUCCUGUCUUUGCUGCGGAUUUUUCCGGUCCAGCACAGCUCACUCGGAAAGCAGCAGCAUUGAGAUGCGUCGUGGGAGACUGGGAUUUUUCAACCUGUGUUGAAGUCGGCCGAUUCGCUGCCUGGGGACUUUUGAUGUCCUGGAACGAAUCGCUUUAGGGUCGAUAGGUAGUGAAAUACAGGGAAAUAUCGAAGAGCUGGAUCUGCUCCCUGACAUCGGCUGGAUUGCGUAUUGGAAUUGCUUGCUAUCCUCGAGAGACUUAGGAAGUAGGGGUGAGGGAUGGCUGCCCCGCCUGCACAGUAUGCACAAUGGUCAGCUCCCGCACCUCCAGCUGAUACUUCCCAUGACGAGGUGCGAACAAUUUUUGUUCUUGGAUUUCCUCCCGACGUGAAAGAACGAGAGCUUCAAAAUCUUCUGAGAUGGUGGCCUGGUUAUGAAGCGUCACAGAUGAACUUCAAGGGUGAUCAGCCAAUGGGUUUCGCGUUAUUCUCUACAGCAGCCAUGGCAAUGGCUGCUCGAGAUGCCCUGCAAAAUUUGGUCUUUGAUUCGGAGACAAAUUCUGUGUUGCGAGCUGAGAUGGCGAAGAAGAACUUGUACGUGAAGAGAGGUGGGUCCGAGCCUGCAACUUAUGACCCAAGCAAGAGGAUGAGAACUGGAGGAGACUAUUCUGCUCCACAAUAUGCAGCUCCAUCAGCCUUCGUUCCUCCAGCGGCACCUACAUGGGGUCCUCAAAGCUACAUUCCUCCUUCAGCACCCUAUGAUCCAUACGGAGGUUAUUCUGUGGCACAAGUUCCACCUGUGGCCCCGGCUGGGUAUGCCCCUGUUCAGAACACCAAAGAUAAUCCCCCGUGCAACACCCUAUUUAUUGGAAACCUAGGAGAAGCUACCAGUGAAGCAGAAUUACGGGGACUUUUCAGUGGGCAACCAGGCUUCCGUCAAAUGAAGGUCCUAAGGCAAGGAAAAAGCACAGUGUGUUUUAUUGAAUUUGGGGAUGUAAGUACCGCGAUGUCAGUACAUCAAAAUUUGCAAGGGGCAGUAUUGACAACAUCUGAUCGUGGUGGCAUGAGAAUACAGUAUUCAAAAAAUCCUUACGGCCGAAAAAGAGAAGGCAUGGGGACUGGAGCCCAACAGUCAGAUGGCGUUGUUGCGCCAACUCAAGCGAGCCAGGUGAAGCUGGAGACCACUCCUGCCACGGCGGUACCAGAACUGAAUGGAGGCCCCGAAAUUGCUUUAGCUCCAGUUCUGCCACCUCCCUCUUCUGUUAAAUCAGAGCAACCACAGGCUGUUUGAAGGGAGCAAGGACACGGAGUAACCCUUGAGUCUUGCGGCAUCGUUCCAAAGUGAUGUAUUCCAAUCUCAAAGCUCACUGGAAUAUGGUAUCAUGAGAUUCGGCAUCAUGAUGCAUCACAGUGCAUCAUUAUCAUGAGUAUAAUAUGUUAAAGCUCUCGUCAUGUUCAGCAUUCUCAUCUUCAUCGCUUUCAGCAUCAGCAUUAUCCUCAUCAAGCAAGGUCAGUGGAUAAGUGGUGGUUGUACAUGACAGACACUACACACAUAGGGGGUUGAGGGAGAUGCAUCGUCAUCACACAUGGACAAAAAGGGUUGCAGAGGCUUUUUGUCAGUUACAAAGACGAUAGAUGCAUCGGCAUCAGUGAUCUUGCGGGUUUCUCAUGCAGCUCAUGUUUGGAGAUCAGAUACUCAAGUCACACAUGUUUGUCGGCAUCUCCGCAUUCGCAUGAAAUUUUCGAUCAUCAUCUGCAUGGACUUUGCAGUUGGAUGGUUGUUCUGUUCGCAUAAUCUCUUGGCAGUCCUAUCCAUAAGCAGGCAGAUCCCAUUAAAAAGGCUCAGAUGUCUGUUCAUAAUGGGGAGUGCAUAAGCAUAGUUUCGCUAGAGGUCGUCUGCUCAUUUGGUACUCCUGAAUCGAGCGAGCGAUUUGAAUAGAUUGCAGCUGCAUAUGCUGUAUGUCGAUCUUAAAAUUUGUUUAGAACAGGGCAUAGAUAGAAAAAAGCAUUUGUCAUAAUCAUGUUCCUAGUAUCUGUACUGCAAUCACUUCUUCUUGGAGAGAUAGUGCAGGGGAGUUUGAUCUAUGUUGUCAAACUCUUGAAGUUUUUUUGGUUAGGCUGAAUUGAUCUUGCAUCUGCAGGUGCAUCUCUCUUUGUUUGUUAUUUGACGAGAGACUGAAUUUCUAAAGGCAAAUCUACUAGAAUCUUCAGAUUUGGCUAAGCCCUGCCUUAGUUGCAUGUUUGUGAAAGUUGUGCACGGUAGAAUUUUAGUGCAUGGUGAUUGCCGCACUAAUUUCUAUCUUGGGUGGAAGUGGACAGGGGCAAGUAUUGAUGAGUUGGACUGAAAUAUGCUAUUUGUAAACAGGAGAUUGAGUAACUCAAAAGACUGCCCAACUGAAGUGGUGAUCUUGGUUUUCCGUGAAUAUGACGUAGCAGAGAUGUCCUAGUUUUGUCACCUCAGGUUGCACUAACUUCUGGUACUGUAAACAUACCCGGUCAAUAACUCAUUGCUAUGUCAAGCUUUAUAGCAAAAGUCCGACGUAGUAUUUGAACCUUCCUCACAUACAUAGAUACCCACUUUCCUACCGGUCCUUGCUUAUAGAGCGAGGAAGGAAGAUUUUUCAUGCAAAUCAGUUGACGGUACUGUCAACGACGAGGUGUAUGUGUACAAUGCGGCUAUUUUCUAGGAUGGGGGUGAUAGUCACAAGAGGGUGACGUGAGAUUGUAUAUUGUACAUGUCCAGAAGGCUAAAGCUUUUGAUUGCUGGGUACGGUUCUCGAGUGUGCCACAGGAUGUGGAAGCCGUCAUUUAUAGGCGCAGGGGAAGUAGAUGGACGCUUAUGACUCAAAGAGGCAGUGCAGUUUAGGCAGAAGUUGACUAGCUCGGUGCAAUCAGCCAGUCGGUGUUGGGUGCUGGUUCAGGAACGGUGCGAAUUAGAGCCUUCCAGACUAGCAGUGGUCCAGUCAAAUGUUGUUCAACUUUCAGUUGAUUGAAUUUCACAAGUUAGGAAUGGUUAUCUCCAAGUUUUUUUCGUCUUUGAGUGAAAGUUUGGCGAUGCAGGUGAAUCUGCAACAACGUGUUCUCAAGACAGGUCUCUGGUAAGACCAUUCGCGGAAAAAUCUCCUCAAGCUUAUGAGGCUUGAGGAGAUUCUGCGGAAUUUCUGCUCCCUGUUUGCUUACAAGUCUUGACUCACUGGCAUACAGAUACGAGUCUACUUCGGAUACUGUAACAAAAGCUAGCUUGCC